GAAGAUUAAUUAAUAGUGAUAAUUAAAUCUUUAUAAAGUAUCAAUAUAAUUUUUUGUUAGAAAUACUUAGAAAAAAUUUCAAGUUACUUUACAAUAAAGCAAGUAGAUAAAGGGUAAAUAAACAAACAUACUUUGUAUAUUAUAUCAAUGAGUCUUGUUGAUAAACUCUUAUAAAAGCCAGAAAGUGCUACAUUUGUAGAUGAAAGAUAGUUUUGGUCAAUAGAAAAAGCUUCAAAUGGUUAAAAAUAUUAUUACAAUAAGAAAACAAAAGAAUCGUAAUGGGAAAAGCCUGAGUGCUUGAAAACUGAAGAAGAAAAGGAAAAUCAGACUGAUUGGAUAGAGUGUACCAAAUAAGAUGGGAGAGUUUUUUAUUAUAAUACUAAGAGUAAAAAAUCUUAAUGGUUAAUUCCUGAAGAGUUAAAGAUUUUAAGAUAGUAGCAAGCAGAAAGACGUAGGAUACGCGAGUAAUAAGGUUUAGGUGAUGAAGAGGAAGAAUAAGAAUUCACAAUUUCUGAUGAGUAAAAAAAGGAAAUAGAUUAAAGAAAUUUCUUAGAAAUGCUAAGAGAACAUAAAGUAAGCAAUUAAAUGAAAUGGGAUUAAGCUUAGAAACUUAUGCAAAAUGAUUAGAGAUGGAUUAAAAUAAAAUAAAUUAGUGAAAAAAAACGUUUGUUUUAAGAUUAUAUUCAAAAGAUUAAAAGAAUUGAAAGACAAGAGUAGUAAAAUAAAUCUGAAAAGGCUAAGGAAGACUUUUUCAAAUUGCUAGAAGAAUAAAAUUUUAAUUCUGAUGCAAAGUUCUAUAAGGUAGUUAGCAGCUUUGCUUAAGACCCAAGAUAUAAAGCUCUAGAUGAAAAAAAUAGGGAGACAUAUUUUUAAGACUUCUUAGAUAGAUUGUUCGAAUAAGAACAAGAAAAUAUGAAAGAUGAAAAAAAAAUUCAUAUUGAUCUCCUUAAAAAAAAGAUUCUUUAGUUAAGUGAUUUAUCAACAUCGUUUAGAUGGUCUGAGUUUUGUUAGAGAUUCAAGGACGAUGAAAGCUUCAAAAAGCUUUCUGAUUUUGAUAAGAUUUAUAUUUUUUCAGAUAUCAUUCAAGAUUUGCAAAAAUCUGAAAACGAUGAAAGACGUAAAAAUAAACGUAGAAAUGAAAGAAUCAAUAGAGAAAAGUUUAGAGAACUUUUGAAAUAAAAAAUUGCAUAUGGAGAGAUCAACCAUAAAACAAAAUGGAAAAACUUUGUUUAAACAAUCAAAGAUGCUCCAGAAUUUUUAAAUAUGCUUGAUCAACCAGGUUCUGCCCCACAUGAAUUGUUUGAAGACUAGUAGGAUUUAUUAAUCGAUAAUCAUAAAGCUAUGAAAGCAGAAAUAAAGCAACAUAUAAAAUAAUCAGGAAUGAAGGUUGUAGCUGAUAUUACUUUUUAAGAAUUUAUUGAAAAAAUGAAACUUUUGAGUGUUUUUGAUACCCUUGAAGAUUACCUGAAGAAUUUCUAUUACCACUAUUUCAUUCAAAAAGCAAAACUCAAGGAAAAAGAAACAUAAAAGAAACAUAAAAAGGCUCAGAGAAAAUAUCUCAAAUUUUUAAAAACUUUGUAAGAAUUGAAUAAAGAUAGCUAAUAUAAAGAUUUUUAAGAAAUUAUAACUAAAGGAUUAGGUGAAGAAAUUAACGCCUAGAUUCCUCUCACUGAAAGAGAAGAAAUUUUUAAAGAAUAUGUAGCUACACUUGAUCCUAACUAUAAAGAUAUUUAUAUAGAACAAGAAACUGUUCCUCAAGAUUUGAAUAAACAAAACUCUUAAUAAAAUAAUAAUUCUAAAGGUAAUAGUUAAAUAUAAACAAAUAGCUCUGCUCUUGCUGCAACUGCUGCUAUACCUCCUAUUGUUCAUAAUCCUCCCUAGAUUUCUAAGAUGGAGCCUUCACCUCAAAAAAAGUAAUAGCUAAACCAUAAAGGAAGUGCUGAUGAAGGAGAAGAAGGUGAAAUACCUUAAAUGGAGAAGAAGCUUAAAAACAAAUCAGAUGAUGAAGAUGGAGAGUAAGAAGAGGGAGAGGAUUCUGAUAGUGGAUAAAAACAUAAAGAUAAAAAGAAAAAGAAAAGCAGUCAUAGACACCGUGAACAUCACUCAUCAAGAAAUAAAAGCAAAAAGAGUCGCUCCCGAUCAAAUUCUCGUUCUCGCUAGGAAAAGAAAAGUAAAAAGAAAGAUAAAAAGAAAAAGAAAUCUCACAAACAUUCAAGAAGUAAUUCAAGCUCUAAUUGA